AUGCAUUUACCAAAUAAAUAUUGUCGACAUUUUUUAUUACUUGUUAUUGCAGCACAUCUUUGCGAAUCAAAAACCAUUACUUCUGAACAGUUAUCACAAAUCAAACUUUUAACAAGCCAAUUUAUUUAUCAAUUUCCAUUGCUGUAUGGUGAUCGACAAAAUGUGAUAUCAGUCCAUUCUAUUAUACAUUUGUCUGAAUCAAUCAGAGAUUUUGGUGGUGUUUACAAUUAUUCAACUUUUAAUUUUGAAAGUUAUCUAGGUUAG